AUGCGCGCAAUACAAGUUAAGGAAUAUGUCAAGGGGCCGCUUGACCUGACCGUCACCACCCUUCCAACCCCUUCCCCUUCCCCUGACAAAUAUCUCAUAAAAGUACACUCAGCCGGCACAAACUUCUUUGACUUGCUUCAGAUCCAGGGCAAAUAUCAACACCAGCCCCCGUUACCAUGGAUAUCCGGCAUGGAAUUUGGCGGAACAGUCCUUAACACACCCACUGCUGCCAAAUCCAACCCAAAGUUCAAAGCCGGCGAUCGCGUCUUCGGAGCCAUGCAAGGUGCCUACGCUACACAUAUAUUGGCCCCGGAAGAUAGGCUGCUGCCGGUUUCUGAAGGGUGGAGCUUUGAAGAUGCUGCGGGCCUCUUCGUUACUGCACCCACUUCGUAUGGUGGCCUUGUAACGCGGGCGAAUGUGCAGAGCGGAGAUUGGGUUCUUGUGCACGCUGCCGCCGGCGGAGUGGGCUUGGCGGCAGUGCAGAUUGCGAAGGCGAAGGGAGCUACUGUUAUUGCCACUGCGGGAACGGAGAGGAAGAGGCAGGUUGCCAAGUCGUUUGGGGCAGAUUACACGAUUGACUACUCGGAUCCUAAGUGGCCGGAUGCGGUGAAGAAGCUCUGUGCAGCUAAGCGGACGGGGAAUGGCAAGGCUGGUGUUGAUAUCGUGUAUGACCCUGUGGGGAUGAUUGACCAGAGUCUCAAAUGCGUCGCUUGGAAUGCUCGAUUGUUGGUUAUUGGCUUUGCGUCGGGGGUGAUUGAGAAAGUUGCGUUAAAUCGGGUAUUGUUGAAGAACGUUAGCAUCGUGGGACUGCAUUGGGGCCAGUAUGCAAACUUCGAGAAGGAGACUGUGGGAGUGGUGUGGAACGGCAUUUUUGAGUUAAUUAGGCAGGGUAAGUUCAAGGGGACAAGCUUCACGGACCAGAGUUUCGUCGGGUUAGAGAGUGUGCCGCAGGCAUUGCAGGCGUUAGGGGGCAGAGAGACAUGGGGGAAAGUCGUGGUUAAGAUACCCGAUGAAGAUGAGGGGGCUUUGAGCAAGUUGUGA